AUGUUUAAUUUAGUAUCUGUUUCACUUAGCCUCUUGAUUUAUUCAUUGAUCAACUAUCACAAUCUGAAAAUGCUUCUGACUUUGCUCCUUGUUAUUCUUGGGACCCAGACUUCUAAAACACAGCAACCUGCCUCUGAGUCUGUAGAUGUUGUCCUUCUGAUUGACAGCUCUAAUACCCUCGGCAAACAAGGUUUUCUCUCAUUAAAAAAUUAUGUGAAUAGAAUGAUCAACAAUCUUCCAAUAGGGCCAAAUAAAUAUCGCCUUGCACUUGUCCAAUACAGUGAUGAUAUCCAUGUUGAAUUCCAGUUGGAUGACUUCAGAGGAAAAAACCAUAUGCUGAACCAUGUUAAAAAAGUCUUUUCAUUCCGGGGUGGGCCUUUAAGGACUGGAAAUGCCAUACAAAAGAUCCACAAGACUAUUUUCAAGGCACCAAGAAGAGACAGACACCAGAUUUUGAUUGUUACAACUUCAGGGGUAUCACAAGAUGACGUGGAAGGACCUGCCUCAUUAAUGAGACAAGAUGGGAUAAAAAUAAUUACUUUAGGAAUGCCAAGUGCAUCUGAGCAAGAGCUGCAGUCAAUGGCCACACAUCCAUUCAGUUACCAUUUUGAUACACUAAAAGAUCUCCAAAAGUUUUCCUCAAAUAUAUUGUCUGUCAUUGAAUCAGCUAUAGCAAUAGAUGAGAGCUUAAUCAUCUCCACAGCUACCCCAUCAAGUACAACUUAUGCUCAUAGCAUACCCAUAAAAGUUGCGGAUUGUUCUGAUGAUUUAAUUGCAGAUGUUGUUUUUGUGGUGGAUGAAGCCGUUUCACCUACAAAUAGUGAAUAUAUUGUAUCUUUCUUACAAAACACAACAACGUCUCUUGAUGUGCAGAAAAGCUGCAUCAGAAUUGGCCUUGUGACAUACAGCAAUGAGCCUCAUGUACUUUCUCAACUGAACACAGAAACAGAGAUACAGGAUAUUGUAUUUAAAAUCAAGAGCUUUUCUCCCAGGGAAGGAAAAGCUAAGUUAGGUGCUGCCUUAAACUUUACCAGAGAAAUAAUUUUUACUGAAAGUACUGGAAGCAGAAAGACAGAAGGUGUGGAACAAAUAGCUACCAUCAUCACCCACAGACCCUCUGAGGAUAGUGUAACUGAAGCAUCAAGUCUCCUUUUGCAGAAGGGUGUGACAGUAUUUGCCAUAAGCAUUGAAGGGGCCAAUAUCACACAGUUAGGGGGAGUAGUAUCCUAUCCCCCAAACAGAAAUGUUAUAAAAGUUGACCAUUUUUCAAACCUGGCAGAUAAGUCUAAAAUUUUUAAAAAGAAACUGUUCGAGCACAUUCAUAUGUUUUUUGCCCAAGCUGAAAGAACAGAAGAGUUCCGAUCAGGAUGUAUGGAAACAGAACAGGCUGAUAUUUACUUUCUCGUUGAUGGUUCAUCAAGCAUCAGUCCCUCUAAUUUUAUUAAGAUGAAGACAUUCCUAAAGGAAGUGAUUAAACUAUUUACCAUAGGAUCUGAUCAUGUUCGAUUUGGAGUUGUUCAGUUUGGAACUCUUUAUCAAACAGAAUUUGAACUUGAUAAGUAUACGAAAAUCAGCCACAUAGAAAAAGCCAUUAAUAAUAUAAUCCAAAUGGGAGUAGAUACGUACACUGGAGCUGCUAUACGGUCUAUGCAGCCAUUAUUUGAAAAGGCAAAAAAACAGCGAGGUGGCAAAGUCCCUUGUUAUCUCAUUGUACUGACAGAUGGAGAAGCACAUGAUAAUGUGCUGGAACCUUCUAAAAUGCUAAGAAAAUCAGCUGUCAAUAUUUAUGCUAUUGGUGUGAAACCUGCUAAUAUCACACAGUUAAAUGAGAUUGCAGACUCAAAAUCAAAAGUUUACUAUGUGGAACAGUUUGACUCCUUGAAAAAUAUAAAAAAUGAAAUUGUUCGAGACUUAUGCUUUGAAAAAGCCUGUGAAAAAAUGAAAGCUGAUGUCAUGUUCUUAGUGGACAGCUCUGGAAGUAUAAGCCAUCAGGAUUUUGAGAAGAUGAAGAAGUUCAUGCAAGAAUUGGUAGAUAAGUGCAGUGUUAGUCAAGAUGAAGUGCAAUUUGGCGUUGUUCAGUUCAGUAGCACCAAUAAAGAAGAGUUCCAACUCAACUCAUCAAAAGAUUACAUUAUUAAUACUAUUGGAAACAUGGCUCAAAUGAAACAGAACACUUAUACUGGAAAAGCUUUGCAAUUUGUUUCUGAUUAUUUCAAACCAGCAAAAAGAGCACGACCUUCUGUCAACAAAAUUCUUAUCCUCCUCACGGAUGGGGAAGCACACGAUGAUGUAAGAGAACCAGCUAGUGCUCUAAGAAAAGAAGGUGUCAUUAUCUAUUCCAUUGGGAUUACUGGUGCCAAUGUUACACAACUAGUAGAGAUCAGUGGAGCACCUAAAAAUAUGUUUUACUUGAAAGAUUAUGACAUUCUGAAAUAUAUAGAGAAUGACAUCGUGUUUCGCAUAUGCAGUCCAUAUAAUGAAUGCAAAAGGAUAAACCGUUUAGAUCUGGUUUUUGUAAUUGAUAGUUCUAGCAGUAUUGGUGAAACUAACUAUGCUCUCAUGAGUAACUUCAUAAUUGGCAUCGUAAAUAAGUCUGAUGUAGGUAAAGAUCAUGUUCAGUUUGGAGCAGUAAAGUAUUCCAAUAAUCCAGAAAUUAUGUUCAAGCUGAAUACUUAUAGUAAAAGAUCAGAUAUCAUUAAAUGUAUUCAGGACAACACACUUUUAAAAGGAGAUACAUACACAGCAAAGGCUCUUCAGCUCUCAAAAGGUCUUUUAACUAAAGAGAAUGGCAGCCGCAUACACCAAGGUGUCCCUCAAGUUCUUAUGGUCAUAACUGAUGGAGAAUCUCAUGAUAAGGCAAUACUGGAUAGCACUUCAAAUGAGCUCAGAAAGAAAGGAACUAUUAUUUAUGCCAUUGGAAUAAAAGACGCAAAUCGUGAGGAACUUGAAAUCAUGGCUGGAUCAAAAGACUACUGGUUCUACAUGCCAUCAUUUGAGGGAUUAGAAAACAUAACCACGAACCUGUCAAAUCAAUUGUGCAUUGAUUCAAGACCAGAAUGUGAUAUUGAAGCAGAACUUGUUAUCCUAGCUGAUUCCAGAAGUAUUCCUGACAAAGAACUGAAGGGUGUGAAGGAUUUUGUGAUAAACUUGCUUAAGUCAAUUAUAAAUAAAGAAAAUAUUCUAGUUGGCAUGGCCCAAUUCAGUAAUACGCUUCAAGAAGUAUUCCAGCUGGGAGCUUAUCAAAAUCUACCAGAACUGUAUAGUAAAAUCACUAAUAUGUCACUGAUCACAGGGGAUUCCACAUUAAUUGGACAUGCCCUCAGAGAAGUAAAAACCUUUUUCAAAACCAGCAAACAAAGAGUAGCUCGAAGUAUUAACCAAAAGUUGCUCAUAUUCACUGAUGGAAGAUCAGAUGAUGAGUUUCCUCAAGCAGCAAAAGAUCUGAGAGAUGAAGGUGUGGAAAUCCAUGCAGUUGCAGUAGGAAAUGUGACUGAUUCAAAGCUUCUGCAGAUUACCAACUCCCCAAGCAGAAAAUAUAAAGUUGACCAUUACAAUGAUCUAAAAACUCUUGUAAAUCAUGUAAAUAAGGAAAUUUGUAAAGAGACUACUGAAGCAACAUGUUUUGUAGAUAUUGUUAUUGGAUUUGAUAUGUCAUCUCAGAAGCCAGGAAACAAUUUAUUCAGUAAGCAACAACAUUUGGAGAAUCAUCUUCCUGAUAUUAUAAAAGGCCUAACAUCUUUAAGCAGCACAAGUUGCUCUAAGGGUAAAAAAGUACAGUUCAGUGUGACUAUUUCAGUAGAAAACACAGAUAAACCUUUCUGGGCAAAAUUUCAUCAUGUUGAUGACACAAAUAUUGUAACAGAACUCAGAAACAUUGUGGUCAACAGACCAUCUCAUCUCAACAUCAACUUCUUGGACACUAUUUGGAAUUUAGUUAAAAAUGUGACUGACAUAGAAAAUCGAAACACGGUAUUGCUUCUUUUCUCAGAUGGCUUGGAUGAUAAUAUAAUAGCACUUGGACAAAAAUCUGAAGAACUUAGAAUACAAGGACUAGAUGGACUAAUAACAGUUGCCCUGGAAGGAGCCAAAUAUAUUGAUCAACUUCAGCACAUUGAGUUUGGAAAGGGAUUUGGAUAUAACACUCAAUUAUCUGUUGACACAGAAAAUAUUGCUAUGAGGCUAUUUCAAUAUGUGGACCAAAUUGCUGAGCGAAAAUGCUGCUGCAUAUUUUGUAGAUGUGAGGGAGAAGAAGGACCCCGUGGAAAAAGACGGGAAAAAGGGCACAAGGGUACAACUGGUUUUAUGGGACAUCCAGGAUACCCAGGAAAUGAUGGAGAGCCGGGUCCCAGGGGAAUCCCUGGAAUUCAAGGAAAACAAGGUGAUAUAGGAGAAUGUGGCACUAGGGGACAAAAAGGUCAACGAGGACUACAUGGAAAAAGGGGAGAGGAUGGGGCUGAUGGAGUUGAUGGAAUUCACGGGGAAGAGGGAUCACUUGGAUUUCCAGGACUAAAAGGCGAAAAGGGAGAUUCAGGAGAAAUGGGCAAUACAGGACCCAAAGGCCCUCAUGGUGAUCUGGGAUCAAAAGGCUUCCAAGGAGAUUAUGGUGAACCUGGACAAGACAAUAACAUAAGAGGAGCAAAAGGCUUCAAAGGGCUGUCAGGAAGGAUGGGAGAAAGAGGAUUGAAAGGUUCAGAUGGCUCUGCAGGAUCCCCAGGAAAUAAGGGAGCGGAGGGAAACCCAGGACCUUUAGGUCCAAAGGGAGAGGAAGGAAAUCCUGGUUCAGAUGGUUUGCAAGGAGAUCAAGGAGUUCAAGGUUCCCUGGGAACAACUGGUAUUCUUGGUAUGAAAGGAGAAAAAGGACAACCAGGAAACCAUGGCCGUCUAGGAGACAUUGGAGAUGAAGGGCCUAAAGGGAAUCCAGGGAAGCUUGGACCCAGAGGGAAUAAGGGAGAAUCUGGGGAACCUGGAGAGAAAGGAAAAAAAGGUUCCCCUGGCCAGCGAGGAAUGAAGUUGUGCACUUUCCAACACCAAGAGGCCUUUCAGGCAAUCACUCAUAUCCCUUUCACCUCUCAAAUGGAUUACUGCAAUCUGCUUUAUAUGGGGCUACCUUUGAAAUCUACUCAAAAGGGUAUAGAAGGAUUCCCUGGAGACUUUGGAGACCAGGGAAAACCUGGAGAUAUGGGCAAUCCUGGAAAACCUGGACUAAAAGGAAAAAGAGGAAGAAUGGGUACUCCAGGAUUAGUUGGUGAUGAUGGCGAACUAGGAACAUGGGGUUAUCCUGGACACUUGGGUCCAAAAGGAGCAAAGGGCCAGUCCUUCUAUUCACCUUGUGAACUUAUUGAAUAUGUACAGAAACACAGCACCUGCUGGACAGAACUAGCAAAAUGUCCAGCAUAUCCAACAGAAUUGGUAUUUGCUUUGGAUAUAUCUCAAGAUACCAAUUCUGAGAUAUUUGAAGAAAUGAGAAAGACUGUCAUUAAUAUUGUGAACCAAACAAACAUCAGAGAGAGCAAUUGUCCUGUGGGAGCCAGAGUAGCUGUUGUGUCCUACAGCUCCAACACCAACUAUCUGAUCCGCUUUACAGAUUUCCAGAGCAAAACCAAGUUGUUGCAGGAGCUCAAUAGACUUUCUUUGCAGAGAACAACCAACAGACGCAACAUUGGCGGAUCAAUGAGGUUUGUUGCCAGGCAUCUCUUCAAGCGAACUCUCCAAGGUGCUAAUGUGAGGAAAGUUGCUGUCUUCUUCAGCAAUGGAGAGUCUGACCAUCCUGACUUGAUUGGUACAGCGGUUCUAGAGUUCAGUGCCUUAGGUAUCCAGCCAGCAGUCAUUACUUUUAAAAACAUCCCUGAAAUUACCCAAGCUUUUGAGAUGGACAGCACAGGAUUAUUUCAAGUUAUCCACCUCCAUAAGAAGAGUGAUCUUUCAGCCUUAAAAAAACUUCAAGUGUGUGUAAUUUGCUAUGACAAAUGCAAACCAGAUGAAACUUGCUUCAGAACUCCAUCUUUCAAACCUGAGACUUAUAUGGAUGCUGCAUUCAUUCUGGAAAAUUCGAGGAAAAUAAGCACUACUGGAUUUGAAGAACUAAAACAUUUCCUAAGUAGAGCAUUAGACAGCUUUAACAUUUCUACAAAUCCAAAGACCUCUUUGAUAGGUGAUCGGAUAGCUGUUGUGAGUCAUGCUCCAUCAAAUUUCCAAUUCCAAAAAGAAUGGAAGCUUCCAGUAAAAGUUGAAUUUGACUUGGUGACAUAUGAAAGUAAAAGACAAAUGAAGAGGCAUAUUGAAAAGUCUUUUGAAAAACUAAAUGGAGAAGCAGCACUUGGCCAUGCCAUAGAAUGGACAAUCAAUCAUAUUUUUUCAGAAGGACUUAAUCAAAGAGAGAAAAAGACUAUUUUUAUCAUAUCUGUUGGGGAAACAAGUCAUUGGGAUAAGGAAGUACUGAGUGAUGCAGCCCUAAAAGCCAAAUGCAAAGGCUAUGCUGUAUUUGUACUUUCAAUAGGACCUGAGUAUGAUUACACAGAACUUAUGGAACUGGCAAGCUUUCCUUUGGAACAUCACAUAGUCCAGCUUGGCAGAAUCCACAAAGCUGAACUUGAGUAUGCAGUCAAAUUUCUGAAGCCACUAAUACAUCUGCUUAAAAGUGAAAUACACAUCUAUCCACAUCCAGAACUCAGGAGAAUAUGUGCAAAAAUCAGUCAUCAAAAACCAAGCACUCCAUUUGACAAGACUCCACCAAAUAAAAUUCAUUUAAUUGAUGAGAAUGGCUCUGCUUUUCCAGAAUACCUGCAAAGUGAUUCUUUAUUCCCUGAAAAGAUGGUCAGCAAUGCUCAUCCAUCUAUUCAAACCAACUGAUGUCAGAACAGCAGAAAAUAAUUCUAAAAGAAUUGAAGAAAAACUGGGAAAGAACAUGAUUGUACUAGCAAGACAAACUAAAGGCUAUAAAGGAGAAAAGAUUUUCAUUUGUGAAUCUGUACUCUCAAAUUUAGUUUUCAAACGGGAAGAUCAGGAAAUUUAACUAGCUUGAGUAAUUUUGGA